AUGAUAAAUAUGAUAGAAAAUUCCCUUUUAGAUAGCAAACUAAAUGCCCUAAUUUCAACAGCAAAAUCCAAAGUCCAAACUCUAACACAAGAAACCCUCGCUUUAGAGCGCGAAAACACACAACUUCAAGACCUCGUCACCGUUGCAUUCCAAGAUCAAGGCAAUCUAAUGGUCGAAAUUAAUGCCUUAGAAAGCCAGCUUAAACAAAUACGAAACAUCAACGAAAAUUUAAAAGAUGAGCGUAACGAAGCCUUCGAAAAAGUUCGAAAGGCCGAAGACGAUUUUAUGAAUGUAACAAAAGCUUAUCAGCAGCAGGAGAAUAAAAUUCAUAGCGAAAUGGAAGAAUUAAAGGACUGAGAAAAAAAAUUCAGAGAUAUGAGGAAAUUCAGAGAAGAAAACCAUAGCAAAGAGAUGGAAAAAUUGAAGAAAAGAUAUGAAGAACUGAAAAAAUCAAUUAAGGGAUGCGAAGAAAGCAAUGUUGAAGUGAAGCGGCAGCUGUUAGAAAUCGAGCUGAAGGAUGCGUAUAGGAUUAAUAGUUUAGAAGAAGAAUUGAGGAAUUUUUGUUAA